AUGGUGCAAAGUCCGCUUGUGAUUCCUAAGGCGUUCCAGGACGCUGUGGAGCCUGCUGUUCGCACCAAAUGGGACGCUACGUAUGUCGUCAGUUUCCUCAUCACCAUUGUGGCAAUUAUCUGGGGGACUUAUAAGGCGGUGGAGGCGUCUGCCUUAAGGUUUCUUUCAGUGCCUCCUCACAAUUAUCGAGAAUUGAUCGAGAAAGGACUGGAUAAAGGUUCGAUUCCUGAUUCUUCUUUGGGUGUCAAGAAAGGUGCUAUCAGAAGACGGCUGAUUCUUGCGGCCAACAAGCCCCAAUUAUACUCCACCAUGAAACUGAACAAGGACUCUGUUGUGGGGAAUAAUCUUCGAUUGGCCAAGGUUGAUAAGGACGAUGACGGGUUUCUGGCCCGUACUAGACCAAUGGACCCUGACUUUGCGGAAAGACCGGUGAUCUAUGGGUUUUUCCAUCCUUAUAGCGACGCCAAUGGCGGAGGCGAGCGUGUUCUAUGGGAUGGCGUCUACUAUACUUUGAAACAGUCGUCACGCAACUUGGUGGCUAUAUACACGUUUACUGCCACAGACGAGAUCUGUGUGAGCUCGAUUUUGCGAUCCGUGAGGUCCACGUUUGGCGUGGAUUUCUUUGAAGACGAAUUGAACGACCGUAUUGUGUUCAUUCAGCUGAACAACAAGUACAAGUGGCUGGUUGAAGGCAAGGCGUGGAAACACUUUACAAUUGUCGGACAAGCUCUCGGGUCUGUAUUUGUGGUUUUGACCAGUCUAUACAAACUGGUUCCAGACGUGUUCAUCGAUACCAUGGGUCUUCCGUUCUCGUACCCUGUGGUUUCGUUUCUGGGAAUUCCUGUCAUCGCGUAUGUGCAUUAUCCGUUGAUUUCGUCAGAUAUGCUGAACAAGCUGAACCUGUGGAGCGUGUACGGCUGGGCCAAAUGGGUUUAUUGGAAAUUGAUGAUGGAGUUCUACGAGUUUGUGGCCCAGUGCAUCGACAUCACUCUGUGCAACUCGACAUGGACGUGUAACCACAUCAAGUCUGUUUGGUCCAACGUAGUGGAAACGCAUCCUCCCAAGAUCCUAUACCCUUCCACAGGGAUCGACGAAACCAAGAUCGCCAGUCCGUUCGGCAAGAAGGACCGCACCAUGCUGUAUCUUGCCCAGUUCAGACCGGAAAAGAGACACGGACUUUUGAUCGAGGAAUACGCCAAGUACCUGGAGACUUCUGAGAAGCCGUACAAGCUGGUGCUUGUGGGAUCCACGAGAACUGCGCAGGACGAGGAAACGGUUGUCGAGUUGAAAGAAUUGGUCAAGAAGCUGGAUAUCGAACAGUACGUGGUUUUCGAGGUGAACGCUCCGAGAGACGUUUUGGACGAGUACCUGUCGAAAGCCGACUUUGGUCUCAACACUAUGUGGAACGAACACUUUGGAAUUGCUGUGGUGGAGUACCUGUUCAACGGAGCCAUUCCUAUCGUGCAUGCCAGUGCAGGCCCGCUUCUGGACAUUGUGCUGCCGGUGAAAGACGGCAAGGUUGCCACUCCAGAGACGCUUGAUGCGACUCCGUCUGGUUUCUUCUUUGCAGACAAGUCCGAUCCGGACUACACUGGGGUGUACCCGUCGCUGGGGUCUGUUUUCGACAAGAUCGAGAGUCUGAGCGAGACCGAGAAAACCGCUAUGCGCGCAGCAGGACACCUGGUUGCCGAGAAGAAGUUUUCCAAAUCGGUGUUUGGCCAGGAAUGGACCAAGCUGGUGCAGUUCCUGGCCACGUUCGAGCGGUUCAAGCGGAAACAGAGAAAUAAAGUGGAGCUGGUUUACUGA